CCCUUCCGCGCGCGGCUCUGAGCGCCUGAGGGGCGGUGCCUUUUGCGGCCUCCCGGCAGGGGGAUGUAAGGAGCCGUCCGCGGCCAUGGAGACGGGCCCGGCGCCCCUGGUGGCCCCGCCACGCCGUCAUGGCGCCCCUGCGGCCCCGUCGCCGCCCCCCCGGAGUUCCCGGGCCGGGCCCAUGGUGGUGGUGGCUCCAGGACCGCCGGUGACCACGGCCAUCUCGACCCCCGUCACCCUGGCAGCCCCGGGGGAGGCGCGGGCGGCCUUGGGUUCGGGGCCGGUCCAGACCUUGGCCCCGGGCCCGGCCGUCACGGGCGACACCGACUUGACGUCCCUGGACACCUCGUCCGAAGCCCCGACGACGCAGGUCGCCCCUGGCCCGGAGCCUCUCGCUCCGGCUGCGGUGGCCUCACGGGCAGAGUCUGUGAAGACCGAGGGGGCGCGAACCUCCCCAGCCCCGGGGCCUGGCACGGCCGGGACCCCCACCAGGACCCCUUCCAGAACGGUGCCUGGGGCCCUGGCCGCCAAACCCCCGCUCGCCCCCAAGCCGGGGGCCACGGCGGCCUCGGGAGUCACUGCCCGGGCUGCAGCAGGACAGGUGACAGGCGGACACGGAGCUGCCACGGCCUCCUCGCCAUCCGCGGCACAGGCGCCCGAGGACCCCGCGGGGCCUGGCACGGGAGCUUCAGGGAUGAGUGAGGCUCCCGUAGCUGUAGUGACGGUGACCCCAGCCCCGGAGCCUGCUGAGAACUCCCAAGACCUGGGCUCCACGUCCAGCCUGGGACCUGGCAUCUCCGGGCCUCGCGGGCAGGCCCCAGACACCCUGAGCUACUUGGACUCCGUGAGCCUCAUGUCUGGAACCUUGGAGUCGUUGGCGGACGAUGUGAGCUCCAUGGGCUCAGACUCGGAGAUAAACGGGCUGGCCCUGCGCAAGACGGACAAGUACGGCUUCCUGGGGGGCAGCCAGUACUCGGGCAGCCUAGAGAGCUCUAUUCCGGUGGAUGUGGCUCGACAGCGGGAGCUCAAGUGGCUGGAGAUGUUCAAUAACUGGGAUAAGUGGCUGUCACGACGUUUUCAGAAGGUGAAGCUGCGCUGUCGGAAGGGCAUCCCCUCAUCCCUCAGAGCCAAGGCCUGGCAGUACCUGUCUAAUAGCAAGGAGCUUCUGGAGCAAAAUCCUGGCAGGUUUGAGGAGCUGGAACGGGCUCCUGGGGACCCCAAGUGGCUAGAUGUGAUCGAGAAGGACCUGCACCGCCAGUUCCCUUUCCAUGAGAUGUUUGCUGCUCGAGGAGGGCAUGGGCAGCAGGACCUGUACCGAAUCCUGAAGGCCUACACCAUCUACCGGCCUGAUGAGGGCUACUGCCAGGCUCAGGCCCCCGUGGCUGCAGUGCUGCUCAUGCACAUGCCUGCUGAGCAAGCCUUUUGGUGCCUGGUCCAGAUCUGUGACAAAUACCUCCCGGGUUACUACAGCGCAGGGCUGGAGGCCAUUCAGCUGGAUGGAGAGAUCUUCUUCGCACUGCUGCGCCGGGCAUCCCCGCUGGCACAUCGGCACCUGCGGCGACAGCGUAUCGACCCCGUGCUCUACAUGACGGAGUGGUUCAUGUGCAUCUUCGCCCGCACCCUGCCCUGGGCCUCGGUGCUACGUGUCUGGGACAUGUUUUUCUGUGAAGGUGUUAAGAUCAUCUUCCGGGUGGCCCUGGUCUUGCUGCGACACACACUGGGGUCCGUGGAGAAGCUUCGUUCCUGCCAAGGCAUGUAUGAGACCAUGGAGCAGCUGCGCAACCUCCCCCAGCAGUGCAUGCAGGAGGACUUCCUGGUGCAUGAGGUGACCAACCUGCCAGUGACAGAAGCCCUGAUUGAGCGGGAGAAUGCAGCCCAGCUGAAGAAAUGGCGGGAAACCCGGGGCGAACUGCAGUAUCGGCCCUCACGGCGACUGCAUGGCUCCCGGGCCAUCCAUGAGGAGCGACGGCGGCAGCAGCCACCCCUGGGCCCCUCCUCCAGCCUCCUCAGUCUCCCUGGCCUUAAAAGCCGAAGCUCCCGGGCAGCUGGAGGGGCCCCGUCGCCACCCCCUCCUGCCCGAAGAGCCAGCACCGGUCCUGCUCCAGGGCCUGUGGUCACUGCCGAGGGACUGCACCCUUCCCUGCCCUCACCUACUGGCAACAGCACCCCUCUGGGUCCCAGCAAGGAGACCCGGCGGCAGAAGGAGCGGCAGAAACAGGAGAAAGAGCGGCAGAAGCAGGAAAAAGAGCGGGAGAGGCAGGAGAAAGAGCAAGAGAAAGAACAGCAGAAGCAGGAGAAAGAGCAAGAGAAAGAACAGCAGAAGCAGGAGAAGGAGCGGCAGAAACAGGAGAAAGAGCGGCAGAAGCAGGAGAAGAAGAGCCAAAGCCGGAAGCUUUCCUUACAUCGAAAGGCAGAUGGGCCCCCAGCACCCCAUGAUGGUGGGGACAGGUCCUCGACAGCUGAGGCCCGGCAGGACGCUUACUUCUGACCUCUGCCUGGGGUUGGAGUGCAUGGCCUCCUCUCUUCCCUCAGCCCAGAGCAGGCCGGCCCAGGUGCUCCGCUGGCAGGCUGUCCCUCUCUGAGGAAAGUGGCUCCAUCUCCCAUCUCCUUGCCACCUGCUGCUCCCUACAUGGCCAGGAUAGCCACAGGGCCUGGGGCAGUGGUGCCUGAGUCUGGAGCCUCUUGCCUCUGUGAGGCCCAACUGGGGUCCCUCCCAGGGCUGUCCUGAUUGGCCCUCUUGUCACCAGGUGACUCUUGGCAAUGGCAGUCUGCAGAUUCUUCCACUCCAAUGGGUCCCCUUACCCACAGGUGGAGCUGGGUUCUUUUCCCUUCGGUGGCCCUUCCUGGUCCCCUCCUUUCUGAAGGCAAAGGCUUUCCUCUCGCCACUUCUGGACAUCUCUGUUGUAAUUACAUAGGGGACCAGGCUGGCCUGGGGGGGGGGGGCUUGGUGUCUUUGGUUCUCUUCCCAGUAUUCCUGCCCUCCAGUUUAUUUAAGGGGACAUGCACUGAAAUGGGAAAUGUGCCCCACUUCCCCCCAUCCAUCUCACUGUGUUCUCAGGCCUCCUCUGCUUUGUCUCACCAGCUCCCCUACUGUUCAUCUUGUCCCCUUCCAACCCCAAGCCCCUCUCUGAGUAAGGGGUCUUCCCCUGAGCUCCAGGGGUGGAAUCUGAUGUUUACAUUCUCUUGUCUCAGCCCCCAUCCUGUGCGGCGCUUUGAGGAACCAGAAAAAGAACCUGCUGUUGUACCUGG